AUGUCCAACGACCGCAGAUCCUCCCCUAUCACUGUCCCUGAGUCAGUUGCUCAUCCUCGACGUGGUUCAUUCGCCUCUAGCCUCCCUUUCACCGACCUUUUCUCUAAGCAGAACAAUCAAGCUGCCAAGGAAAAUGUCAGUAAUCAGACAAAUCAACGGCGAGUGUCCAUUACCACAUUAGGCUUGUCCGGUUCACCUACCCAGCCUUCUGCCCUCGGUUUCGGAAACCAAGCCCUCCGCCGAGGCAGCCUGUCCAGCUCUUGGGGCUCCGGGGCUCAAAAUGAAGAUAUCCUUGGUGAGGAUACGGAUGGCCCCGCAGGUGUCACACCUAGCUCGCCCUUCGCUCGUCGAGUCUCUUUUGGUGCACAGGCACUUCGUGAUGCCCGUAGUGGAAGCAUAGGCAAUGGCGAAGGUUUCAACUGGUCUGAGGCCCUCCGCUCCCGUGCUGAGCGUGCCCCAUCUAUUUCAGGCCAGGCUCACUCCCCGCAAAACCACGCCCGCCAGUCGAGCCAAUCCAGCUACCAACGUGCUGCCUCUAUUGCCGUCAUGGAGCAACCCCCAAAUCACGAAAUCCAUAAACAUCCGAAACAUAAUAGCAAGCCUGAUUACUUUCAAGAGAAAAUCUUGCGAGGUGAUUUCAUGGACUAG